AGCAGAGAAUGUGGACAAGAAAAUCGUUGUCUCUUUGUAAGAAUCUUACAUUUUUACAAAGCAGAGCACUGCAUGUAAAUGGAUUCUUAUUAGGGAAAAAAGAGGCUAAAGCUGCUGGAAAGAAAGACAAAUUUCUGGAUGCAGAAAGAGACCCAGAAAAACUGUGUAAAUUUGUUUGUGGUGCUAAUAUAAUGAAAAAUGGACAAGACCCCGAAAUAAAACCAGACAGUGAGUACCCAGACUGGCUGUGGAAUCUAAAAUUAGAAAGGGGACCUUAUGAACGUGAGCCCGACACCUUCAAAUAUUGGAGGCUUGUUCGCCGAAAAACCCUGCAGCAAAUGAACAAAGAGAGGAAGAAAGUGGCAUAGAACUUCAUUUGUUUUUAACAGUGUAAUACAUAUGAUUUUUUUCUGUUUCAAUGUGUAAGUUUUUCUUUUGUAAUAAAUCAUGAAGCAAUUUUAAAGUCAAAA